CAGAACUCGAGAACAACAGCUUUGUAGGAAGGGACAUUUUUUCUUGCGGUCAUCAUAUCUCAUUCUAUAUCCGAAAGCCUUGAAGGCCAUUUCUUGAGAAGAAGAAGACGAACGAAACGAAAGCAACGAAGACGCCAAAUCGAAGAGCUAUAAUCAGACUUGUAACAUGAAAUCAAUAAUUCUGAGCGCUACUGUAUUGGCAUCGACAUAACAACUGCACAUUUAACAGCACAACGGUAGCUUACUUUUGUGCAUUCAAUUGACGGUUUUGAACGAUAAUGGCCAUCACAGAUGCUGUCAGUUUCUAUAGUAUCGGUGUGCUGCUAGCACUACGACCACACAGCCAUUAUUAAUAUCCGCCGCAGGACCAACUUUUCGUAGAAUUAAUUGAACUUGGUCUUUGAUCGACGAGCACGACGGCAACCAAGUACACGAAGUCAAGGCAAAGUGCGGACGUUGGUAACACAGACCUCAACAAAUCGAAUUUAUCCCCUCUAGUAAAACUUGUAAGGAUAAUGUCAGGAAGAGUCCAAUAGAAGUCCAAACAAGAAGAACCAAAGAAAGACGGAAAUCUAGGGUAGAGCAAGGCAAUCAUUUAAUCAUGAAUAACAUGAGUGAGAAACCCCCACCACCUCAACCGCCUCCACCGCCCUUACUGAUGCAGCACACCCUCUCAAUGCCACCCCCUCCUCCUUCACAAACAAACGAUCAAUACCAAUAUGAGCCAGCAUAUGUGACACUCGGAAAGUCUUCGAACAAUAAUGGCAUCACGAUGGCGACAGCAGCGACGCCAACGGUGGCGUCCACAACAACAAUGACAAUGACAAUGACAACGUCUCCAAACGGUGACGAAGUUUCCAAUUUGCUUAAGUAUCAAAGUGGAAUCGGUCUUGGCAGCGGAAUAGUCGGUGUAACAUCGGGUUUACCAGAUGGCAAUGUCCUUAUCCUUGGCAAAAGCAUGAACAAUGCGAAUUCGUCAAUAGUCAUGGGUGCCAGUGGUGGUGGGGGUGGUAUCGGUGGAAUGGGUCACAUGAGUUCUGGUGGAAUUAGCGGUGGAAACAUUGGAACAAGCAACACAAGUUGUAACAAAAACUCGUCUGGUGGUGUUGUUGGCGGUGGCAGUAGUCGCAAAGCGAAACGGAAAUGUUGUUCCUGCUUUGGAAGACCGUCAACGACGAAGCCCAUGUCAUUUUGGACGGGCUUAAUAACAAAUUUGGGAAUUUGUACAUUACUCUUAGCGUAUACACUUUUAGGUUCAUUCAUAUUCCUGACCAUCGAGAACGAAGACUAUUCACUGUUACAUCAUCAACAGAGGACACUGGCGUCAACCAAGCGGCAGAGUGGCAGCAAUAGCCUUCCACCACAGCGACGUGUCGAUAACUCCAGUAUCGCUGGCAGCAGUAGUAGUAGUGGUAGUGUUAGUGUUAGCAAUAGCGGUUUACUUUUGAAUGGAAUAAGUGAUCCGCAAUCAGCGAUAGAGGCGGACACAUAUGAAGUCCGACAACGGACCAUCGAGAAUAUCUGGGACAUAACAGUCUCCUUGAAUAUCCUUUACAAGGAAAACUGGACAAAAUUAGCAGCUUUGGAAAUUGCAAAAUUUCAAGACCAAUUAAUAAAGAGACUGAGCGAGGACGUAACCUUAUCAAAACUAGAUGGUAGUAGUCCAGCUACGGAGGCGGUACUAUUGUUGUCACACGCCAACGAUGGCCAAAAGUAUGAGUGGAAUUUUGCAAAAGCGUUUUUAUACUCGCUUACAGUGUUAACGACCAUUGGAUAUGGUAACAUUGCGCCAAAAACGACGCUGGGUCGUUUAGUAACAUUAGCAUACGCUAUCCUGGGCAUACCUCUGACUCUUGUAUACCUCUCGAGCACGGGUGGUGUCCUGGCGAAAGUAGCUAGAGAAGUAUUUUCUCGAGCCCUAUGCUGCUGCCUGUGUUCGAACUGUGGCUACUGCUGCUACGACGAGAAGCGGAUGGCAGAAAAGGAGCGCCGUAUGAAACGGAAGCGCCAACAAGAGGAAAUGCGCGCCCAGCAAAGUGCCAUGAAUGAACCAUUCUACGUGCGACCAGGUUCACUGCACAACAAUUUCCACUCGCCAGAAAAACAACAGCACGUAGUUGGUCAUCAUAAUAACAUGCUGCCAGACGUUGACUCACUUAGUGCUUCGGAUUCUCGAGGUUCCAUGCAUGGUCUUAGCAUAUUGGCUCCUAUCCUGUUAUGCCUGUGCAUGAUGAUCAUCUACAUAAUGUUUGGGGCGGUGGUGCUUUAUCGGCUAGAGAAUUGGCCCAUUCUCGAUGGGGUUUACUUUUGUUUUAUGAGCUUAUCGACAAUUGGAUUCGGAGACUUGGUGCCUGGCCUCAAGAAGGAGUCAACAACAACGACAUGGUUCUGUUCGGUGUACAUAAUGUCAGGGAUGGCUUUGACGGCGAUGUGCUUUAAUGUGUUGCACGAGGAGAUUGUGCACCGAAUCAAGGUGGUAGUUGAAUUCAACAAGAACUCUACGCUUGAAAACGAAGAUGGAACCACGACGCAAGGCUUCUACAUGCCACCCUGACAUUACGCAAAAAACACGAAUCUCUAUCAUAGAAAUCCCACCGAGGAAACUCUGGUGUCAGGUACACCAACCUCAAUUGUGUUCAGCCAAGAUCCAGACAUGGGGCAAAUACACAGUCUAAAGGACUAUGUGAAUCACGAGUUAGUGCCAAUUAUGACAAUGGAUCCGAAUAGUGCGCCCAGCAAUACAACACAUCUGCUCAAGAGUAAUGUUGUCUCGUUACCCCUGAACAAUCUUAUCUCACAAACAGCAAUGUCUGUGGGGAUAGGUGGCAGUGGUGGUGGUGGUGUUCAACAAAGUUCUCAACUAAUGGAUAGUUUGCCACCACCUUCACAAGCAUCGACAGAGCCCCUGCAGCCACAACAACAACAACAACAGCAGCAACAACAACAGGUGCAAUUGACUCUAACUGGAGUGUAUACGUUAGCUGAAGAGCCAGAGCUGGAGGCUGAAGAGGAAGAUGAUGAUGGGCAGGAUCAAGAUGAAGCCACUUAAAUGUUACUAGGGGUUGGGAUUGAAGUCAAUCAGUGUACCUAGUUAUAGAAGUGCAGAUAUCUUUAUCUGUCUAUAUGCUUUGGUGCGUAAGACGAUGGCUUUUCGACAGUUGAAAUUAAAUUUUAUAUAGGUUGUUAUGCUUUUGUAGAUGGAUACUCAAAUUGAUGUGUACUUUGGAUACAUAGAUUUAAUUAUUAUUUGAAAGUUUAGAUUAUAAUCAACAAUAUUAAGAACAUAUCUCGAUUUUUUUUUUAAAUAACGAAUGGUUAAAGGCAAGUAAAGUUAUCAAUAUUAAGAGAAUUAACCCAUUUUUUUGGUGAUUACAUAACCUUGCGACCCUUGUUUACCGGAACUGGUAGCACAUGUUAAAAUUUGUUUGUCUAAGUAAAGCAUGCAUUUGGUUUAUUUAUUAGGACGUUUUUGCCAAAACUAAGCGAUAUCCAUCCAUUUUUUUUUCAAAAUUUGAAUUUUAUAACUAAAUUAUGUAAGAAACACUCAAGCUUAUGGUUUCAAGUUUAGAAUCCAAGUUGAUUAAAAAGAAACUGAUUUUUCCUAAUGAAUAAGAUUUAGUGAAUUGAUUGUGGCCCUUUUUGAAAUACUCGAUUAUAAUACUCGAUUAUAAUUAUAUAUAAUUAAUAGUUACUUUUCCCAAAACAUCUUAAACUAACACAUGCUUUAAUGUGAACCAAUCCUUAUGUAAGCACCAGUGUUGGGAAAAUACAAUUAAAGAAUGUUUUAAAUGUUGUCUAUAUAUUCUCCUACACCUGGCUUUAAAAAAAAAUCGAAAAUGUAUGAGGUUUUUGUAUAAUCUUCGAAACCCCGCCGUAUAAUAUAAACCAGUGUCAAACAAUACUAAGUUUGUUCAGGGUGCUGUUCUAUAAUAAAAGUUGCAAAUUGAGCUUAUUAAAAUUUCGACCUGUUAAUAUUUAGCAAAAUGGCGUACGAUAAAAAAAUGUUUUGAUAAAUAAAUUAUUCCAAACUAUUAAAAAAUGUUUAAGUGAAAAAUUAUAAAAAACAAAGACUAAUAUUAUAGAAACGGAAAGCAAAAUACUAGUUUAAAGUAGGAGUUGGGGAGAGUACGAUAAUUUAGGCGACAAGAAUUGAUAACGUUUUUUGUAGAGGAGUUCAAUACAAUAAUUUUUACUAUGGGAGGGAAGGGUCUAUCUCCCCCGUUUAGGCGGGAGGGGCAAUUUUCUAAAAUAUGACGUAAAAAAAAAAUUAUUAAAAAACAACGGCAACACGUACAGUUAUGAAUGAUAACUUUUUCAAAAGAAUUGUACACUUAAUUCUAGUUUUUAAACCAAAUUAUUUUAAUUAAUUGUUCUCGAAAUAAUCAAUUUCAAAGUCAAAAUUUGAGUAAAAAAGUUUUAAAAAACACAUUAAAUGCAAUUUUUACCAAGACUGUGAAUUUAAAUAUGAAAUUUAUCAAUGAAAUAAAUUACCUCAAUCAAUUUCUAAUCAAAUACUGAAAACCAUAUGCUUCUAUGCCUUCUAGUUUUUGAGAAAAUUGAAAAUUAAAAUACUACCUUUUUAUCAGAUUUGUAUUUUUUAGCUGUUUUCGUAUUUACAUAAACAGAAUGCUUGCAAGCAGUAUGCCCUCUUGCAAUCCCCUUGCUUGGGCUUACUAUUAUAGGAUUUGGGGUGGGUGUGAGUUUGGGUGUAGCUAAUUUUCUUCAGAAUUUAAAAGUUUUUUUCGAAUUCAAAAGAAUCCCAUAUCCUAUAGUGUGCCCAAGCAGGGGGGUUGCAGGGGAGCAGCAUGCCCCCCUUACCCAUCUCACUUUGAUACACCUUGAACUUCAUAACUUUACCAUUUUUAUUUACCAUUUUUAUAAAAAAAUCGCGAGAUUCUUAGGACCAAUUUCAAAUGGCCUAGGAGAAGCAACGAAGUUGUCUGAGCGGGACAGAGGACCCAAAAACUAAGUUAAAAAGAUAUUAAUAUUGGCGAAAAUAGUCAAGAAAAUGAAAAUCUGAUGAAAGGUAAUUUUCUUAUUUUCAAUUUUCUCGGAAACUAUAAGACAUAGCACCAUAUGGUUUUCAGUAUUUGAUUAGAAAUUAAUUGAGGCAGUUAAUUUCAGUUCAUUUCACAAAAUAAUAAAACGAUGAGUUACCUACAUUAUGUUUAUGUAUCCGAAUUCGGUUUAACUAAAUUCUUAAAAAAAUAUACUUAAAGUAGUCGAUAUGUGGCUAUAAAACAAAAGCACACAAUUUAGAAAUCAUAAUAUCUAUACACAUGAACUUUUCGUCAUAUCCCUGCCAUUCACCGCGCCACUUAACUCUUAAGGGAUCCUUUUAGUAGCAAAUAUCCAUUGAUAUCAGUCAAUCGAUUCACAAAAUAAAUUACCGUAUAUAUAUUUGAGUUUAUCCCUUGAGCACAAUUUUAUCUUUUUACCCACAUUCAUUCAUUCGUUCAAACAACCAUUCAAGAAACAAGGAAGAAAAAACCACAGGCAAAAAACGACCGCCUUCCAUAUCUACAAUGGUUUGGUUACGAAAAAAAAAAAAAAAAACAGAUAUAACUUCUAAUUUAUUCUGGAAUUUUGAA